CACCCUGCUGCUUGUUUUGUUUAUGCACAGAGGACCCGAGUUGGUCAUAGUGAAAUCGAGCAACCGAAGAUGAUCUUUUUGAUUCCAUUUGCUGCAACGUUUGUCCUGGGUAGGUAAAAUUCGCUGACCUAUAAGCUUACUAUAACAAACUAAUCAAAGUAAUUCUAAAUUGAUCGCUAGGAGGUUUAGUGCGAGUCGCUUCAACCUUUGCUUGAGAUCUAGUGAAAUUGAAUAUGCAUGGCCGUAUUAUGUACGAUUCGAGGAUUAAAUUUCGACCGAGUACAGAACUUUUCCCAAUAAACCAGUGUGAAAUUCGUGUAAAACUGAUUUUAGUACGUAUGUCUCCGUUAGUUCUUCGAAGCUGUGUAAACCUUUGGCACUCUCAGCCAAUUUCGGAGAGCCCGAAAAACAAAACCACACCAACAAAAUUAAGAGCGCUAGCGUUGUCUGUGAUAUUAGCUCUGUACUUUUCUUUCUCUGUUUUUCAAGGAAUGGUUCUCGUCGAAUAAAGGAAGUUGUCUGUGAUAUUUCUUCUGUAGCUUCCUUCCUUUUUGUUUUUCAAAGAAUGUUUCUCAUCAAAGGAAUUUUCAUUACCUAAACGAACUUUCAUGGAUAAGAAAGAGUCAGAAAGAGAUGAUUUGCAUAAUUUCCAUCACGUUGAUUUAAUUUUUACUCGAACGUACGCCCAUCGGAAAAUAAGCUGAAAUAUCUCUUCUUUCAAUUAAGAUGAUGAUUUAUCCGUGUUUCUUUAACAUCUACAACUUUUGUUUUUUCGUUUCAGUUGAAAUUAAAUCACAUUCAUACGCGUUCUGGCUUAAAAUCAAGGCUGUGACUGAAUGCCUGGCAGCGGGGCACGGUCUCAAAUUAAAUAGACGAAAUUUCCCGUAGUCAAAAAUUUUCACGCAACUUCCACCGAAAGGUUCUUUCAAACUUCUUAAGAGUAUCAGAUGUUUGUUGAGAAAUGUCAAGGGAUUCAAAAAAUUAGUUUGGUUUUUCAGUGAACAACUUCUCCGAGCUUGUAGACACUACAAUAUCGCGCGACAACCGAGCGAUAUUGUAGUGUGCACAAGCCUAGAGAGUUUGUCCACUAAAAAACCAAUUUAACGUUUGGAAUCGCUUGACAUUCGUUAACAAACACUUCAUAUUCUCAAGAAGUUUGAAAGAACCUUCCAACGGAAAUUGCGUGAAAAUUUUUGACUGUCGGGUAUUUGGUCAAUUUGAGACCUUGCCCAGCUGCUGGGCAUUCGUCACUGCGUAAAAGCAAACCUGUACAUUUUGCUUUGAUAUUUGAAUUCAGUAAUUACUAAAAUCGCUAAAUACAUUGUGUUUAGAAUGUUGGAGUCAUUACAUUCUUACUCUCUUUGUUUACUCGAAAUUUCUCUUUACGUUCAGGCCUUAUCUGGGACAUAAAUUUGACAAGCACGGAUACGCAUCCAAAUUUGUAACCCGCAGCGUGACGAUCUGCGUGACGAUCUGCAUCACGCAAUAUUUGGAUAGAGGAUAUAAAGAAAUUUGUAGCGUUAUUAUGUCCAUUCGAGCACAGUUGAUAAAAGCAUUAGGAUAUAUUAGAUACUAAGAGCGAUUUUUUGGGUUUCCCACGAUAUAGUUUUAGAGAGGAUAUAAAAAAAUUGUAGCGUUAUUAUGUCCACUCGAGCUCAGUUGAUAAAAGCAUUAGGAUACAUUAGAUACUAAGAGCGAUUUUUUGGGUUUCCCACGAUAUAGUUUUUGUCCAUUUAAAUGUUAUGUAAUUUCAUAAUCUCGUAACGCUGCUCUUGUGGAUUUCAAUAGUAUUUGUUGUGGGAAAUCAGGCAGCGCUUCCGGACGUCGGAAAAUGCACAUUUAUGGAAUACUAUUGUAAAGCACGUAACUGUGAGACAGACUUCUUUAUAGAGCGGCGAAAGGAUCCCAAAGGAAGCUGUAGGUAAGUUGUUACUGAUUCUUGUCGGCAAUAAGGACCACUCCUUUGUGCAACGAAUAUUAUCCGGAGAAGAAAGAACCUUUUUAUUUGUCAGAAAUGAUUAGUGAGAUAUAUUUUCUUUAAAGUGUCAUGUGGUAAUUGUUAAAAUUUAACGAUGUAAAAGGAACUAUAAAAUUGCUGUUUCUUCAGAAAUGUACAAAGUUUUAAAACAUACAUGUUUCGCCUUUGAGCUUUUUGCCAUGAGCGCGACCACGGCUAGGCGGGUUACCCCACCUUGAGACGUUUACAUGGCAAAUUGUCACCCCGGCUGAUAGGGUUACCCCACCUGGCAGACCGGGCAACCCACCUAGCCGGGUCAUCCCACCUAUCAUAUAAACGUAAUCAAGACGGAAAUUAGAAAUUAUAUGGACAGGCGGGUUAUCCCAUUUAGGCGGGUUACCUCACCUACCUGGGGUCCCCCACCUCCAUGUAAACAGGCCCUAACUCACGGUUUAUUCACUUGAUUAAACGAUUUUACUACAACGCUUUGGUUAACUCCUACUCACAACUCUCGGCUUAUUCGUAGGAAACACACAAAAACGUCCCGUUGUAAGCUCGUGGAACAGUGUCAUAUAUGGGGCGAUAAAACACGUGCCGCAUACAUGUUGGUUUGGUUAUGUAUGGAUUAACGAAAUCACUCAUAAAUGUCAAUCAACUUAAGAAUAAUUAACGUAUCAUACAGUUUCCAACAAGGGCUGCGCAUGUUUCACGCUCAUCAAAAAGUAGAAAUAACGCGUUACGAAAAAAUCAGAUAAACAACCUGAAGUUUCUUGUAUCGCGAAAAGCAUAAAAGUGCCAGUUCACUGGGUUUUAAUUUCGUAUUUUCUCUGGUCAUCAAAAAUUAAAAAACAAUCAAUCCUGUAUCGCGUAGUAACCCUCUUUCCUCUCCCUAUCAUUUGAUCGAUCAAUCAACUACAUUAUUCAUUUAUAAUGAUUGGAUAGAAGGAAAAAAUUAACAACUAACAAUUAAAUAAUAUUAUACAUUUUAUACAUUUUAGUGUUCAUCACGAUGAAAUGCUCAAUUGUGCCACAAACACUUUGAAUUCUUGCUCUGAUGCCAACUUGCCAUCAAGUGUCCUGAAAGUACAGAUUGAACAAAAUUUCGGAGUAGAUCUCUUGUGCUCUAAAGGCGCUGUAGAUACCCCAGCCAACAUCUUUGGUAAAUUGCUUCCGACUUUGCCAUGCUCCGGAUCUUUCAACAACGAAUCAAGCGCCUGUGUGAAAAACUACCAUGAACAAUUUAUUGCAAAUGCAUCGGAUCCUGCUCUUUGCAAGUAAGUAUCAGUUAGUGAGCCAUUGUUCCCUCAGAGGGCGAGUCGGGGUGUAUUCUCUCAUCAAAAUAACAGGUAUAUCCCUGGGAUAACUUCAUAAACUCCCGUCACCCCCCUUAAUCCCCACCUAACGUCAUCUCCCCCCCCUCAGCCUUUAGAGAUAAUGAUUUCAACAAGGUCUCAAUGGCGUCACUCGUUAGCCCUACAGCGGCAAAACAUUUUUAGCUAUUAGGAGUAAAAAUUGACAGUUAAAUUUUAACUGUUAGUCGUAAAAAAUGUUAACCUUAAAAGUUUUCCUCUACCACAAUGUUAUUUUGGUCAUUUUGGUUUAACCGUAGCCAUAAAAUGGCCAAAGUUUUAAUUUGUAAUAAUUUUCUCGAAUCAUGUUUUUCAAAUACUUAUUUCAGUCCUGGAUUAAAAGGUUAUUUUUACAAAUGCUGUAAAAAUUUCUUUCCUAUCAACAUGCGAGAUAAGCAAUCUUAGGAGCCUUGCUAGAAAUCUCGUAAGUUUUGCAAAAACUCUAGCAGGGGCCAUUUUAGGCUCAAACUACCUGAGCGGAAACAACUUUCUCCACACUGGCGUACAUAAAGAACAUCUAGGCCAAAAAAAAAAAAGAACUCGCAAUCUACUUCACAGGAGUUGGGAUUGAAGACUGGACCCUAGAGAAGGGCCUACAUUUGGCCAAACUCACUUGAGCCCAUGUAAGAUUACCCAUUUCGUUGAGGACAUUUUUUUUCUGAGUUAUUUUUAUUUGCAUAGGGGACAAGCUGAUGCAAAGAAAUGUCUGAAGAAUCUGAUGAAGUCUGACUGUAGCUUUCCCUCUCAGAUCCAGGAAAUCUUUGAUCUGAGUCUUAGUGACCACAAUCCUUUCUGCACCAACAAGCGGGAUCCUGGGGCGACUGGCAAUGAAAUAUGUGAUGACGUGGUCGUAAAUACUAGAGAUUCAUCCGCUGGUCGCAUAAGUAGCGCAUUGAAGGCACUUGUGCUUUCUUUCUUGUUGGCGUUAUUCUUGGCGAACAUGUAA